AUGCCUUUUCUAGUUUUAGAUGAUUUGGAUGCUUUAUGUAAUUAUGAUUGGAGUUCGGCCAUACACACAUAUCUUCUAAAAAGUUUAAAUAGAUGUAAUAAGAAAAUUCUUACUGGAGAGAUUGAAGAUUCUCUAAGCAUUAGUGGGGCUGCUGCUGUGUUGCAGCUUUGGUUGUAUGAACGACUGUCCUUGCAUGGUAAUACUUCUCUUAAGGUGUUUCCACGGAUUCUGCGAUUUCGUUCAUUGGAUUACGGCAUGGCAGAAAUCGAAGUUUUGUUCCAGAAAGGAAAGGUACAAUUUGAUUGGUACCUUUCAUCCAGUGAUCUUAAAAAUCCUUUAAUCCGUGCUGCAUUGAAUAUAGGUGCUGUGGGAACCAGUGACCAAGCACCUCAACAAGAAGAUGAUAGUUAUGAAUGUGCACUUGCUUCAAGAGUGGAGAAAAUAAAAAGAAACAACCAAAGAAUGAGAAACCUAAAGGAAGAAAUAGCUGCUUUAAGGGAGCAACUUAGUCAUCAAAGAAAGAUGAGGAAAUGUGAACCAAAUCCUUCUGUUCAUGUUGUUGGUGAGGGGAAUAAAGAGGCAGCAGCACAUGGAGAAGGUGCAGAACAAUGUGCACAUGAAGAACCUUUACCUCAAGGAAGUGGACAUGCAACACCUUUUGCUGCAGAUGAAGAAGUUGGUGAUGAAGAAUUCGUUCAGCAGCAAAGAAGUUUCAUCGACAUUGGUGAUGAGGAGGAGAUUGAAGUACCUGUUGGUGUUGAACCCAUGGUUGUAGAGCCGUUGUAUACCUUUAUAGGUGAUCCUAGAGAAACGGUUGAUGUAUUUAUGUUGUACUUCCUUGCGACACGCAAAGACAUUGUACACAGCUAUGUUUGUGAAAUAAUGGGUCAAUUGCUGACCACCAAGGAUUGUAACUCUUUAGGGCAUAGAGAAUGUGUUGACAACAUGGUUAUAAUUUUUGCAGCAACCCUGUUUAUGUAUUCUGAGAAACGGUCGAGUGGAUCCAUAAAGCGGUUUAUAUUCAGUCCAAUGUUUGCGACCCAUUUCCUGGAAGGCAAUAAAAAAAGAAACACCAAAAGACAUGUGUGGCAGCUUAGUGAUUACCAGGCUUAUUUCCUUAAUGAGCUAGUGAGAGUGAAAGAUUUAUUGAAUGGUGAAUGGGUGUUCAUCCCAGUUGUUCAUAGUGGUCACUGGUGGUGCUAUGCACUGAAGGUUUGCACCAGGCAGUUUUUUGUGAUUGACUCAUUAGAGAAGGGAAUCAGAGGACGUUCUGCGAUAGACAAAAGCAUUGCAAAUAACAUUGAACACUUUUGGGGUUUGCUGACAAAUACAUUGGAAGAUUCUAAGAUUGCUUUGAAUGUUCAACAAGCGAAAAUUCCUGUCCAACCUAACACAUUUGAUUGUGGUGUGAUCAUGAUGAAAGUCUUCGAAAUUUGGGAUGGGGAGGACAAAUAUGAUGGGAAAAGCAUGCCUAAUUAUACUACAGAAGAAUUGACUGAGUUUCGGAAGAAGUAUUUAAUUGACUGGAUCUUAGACGAGGAGAAUGUUUGGAGAUAUUCAAUUCUGAAGCUUUUUGGAUUACUAUAG